AUGGCGUCCUCAUCCUCAAACGUCGUCGGCGUCCACUACCGCGUCGGCAAGAAGAUCGGUGAGGGUUCAUUUGGUGUCAUCUUUGAAGGCACCAACCUCCUCAACAACCAGCAGGUGGCCAUCAAGUUUGAACCCCGCAAGAGCGAUGCUCCCCAGCUUCGAGAUGAAUACCGCACCUACAAGAUCCUAGUCGGAUGCCCCGGAAUCCCCAAUGUCUACUACUUUGGUCAGGAGGGCCUGCACAACAUCCUCGUCAUCGACCUGCUCGGCCCUUCCCUGGAGGAUCUCUUUGACCAUUGCGGCCGCCGUUUCUCGGUCAAGACAGUCGUCAUGGUUGCCAAGCAGAUGCUUUCGAGGGUCCAGACGAUUCACGAGAAGAACCUCAUCUACCGUGACAUCAAGCCCGACAACUUCCUCAUCGGUCGCCCCGGAACCAAGGCCGCCAACGUCAUCCACGUCGUCGAUUUCGGCAUGGCCAAGCAGUACCGCGACCCCAAGUCAAAGCAGCACAUACCCUACAGGGAACGCAAGUCGCUCUCCGGAACCGCCCGCUACAUGAGCAUCAACACCCAUCUUGGCCGUGAGCAGUCCCGAAGGGAUGAUCUCGAGGCUCUCGGCCACGUCUUCAUGUACUUCCUCCGCGGAGGACUGCCGUGGCAGGGUCUCAAGGCCGCCACCAACAAGCAAAAGUACGAGAAGAUUGGCGAGAAGAAGCAGUCGACGGCGGUCAAGGACCUCUGCGAGGGCUUCUCCGAGGAGUUCUCCAAGUACCUGACAUAUGUCCGCAACCUGGGCUUCGAGGACACGCCCGACUACGACUACCUGCGUGAGCUCUUCACCCAGGCUCUCAAGAACACUGGCGAGAUCGAGGACGGCGAGUACGACUGGAUGAAGAUCUCGAAGGAUUCGGGAAAGGGUUGGGACAACAAGGGCCACAGCGGUGGAUACGCCCACCAAAACGCCCGGCCCGGUCCCUCUCAGAUGGACCUGCACGGUUCGAACCGUCCCGGGAAUACGACCUCUCACCAGCAAGCACACAACCUGACCGUCGGCCGUUUAAACGCCGCGCAACCCCCCCCUCCGUCGCCGAUCAAGCACAUGGGGAAGCAGAGAGAUCGGCAAAACGUCCCCGGCGCUAUAUCAGCGCAGCGGGCCAGCGGGGUGGGGGGUCACCGGGGAGACAUGGCUACCCCCACUGGCUCGACUCAAGCCCAGUUCCAGAACAGCGCCCAGAACCUGCCUCAGCGGAAGGGCAGUCAACAUCAGUCCCAGGCGAACCAGCCGAUGCAGCCUAGUGCUCAGCCGGCAGAGCCUCAACCCACCGGCAUGCAAAAGUUCUUCAAGUCGAUGUGCUGCGGCUAG